AUGGCUUCUGGGAAUCUCACGCGGGUCACUGAGUUUAUUCUCACUGGUGUCUCUGACCGCCCCGAGCUCCAGAUUCCCCUCUUCCUGGUCUUCCUGGUCAUCUACACCCUGACCGUGACAGGGAACCUGGGCAUCAUCACCCUCACCAGUGUUGACUCUCGGCUUCAAACCCCCAUGUAUUUUUUCCUGCGACAUUUGGCAAUUAUCAAUCUUGGCAACUCUACUGUCAUAGCCCCUAAAAUGCUGGUCAAUUUUUUAAUAAAGAAAAAAACUACCUCCUACUAUGAAUGUGCCACCCAGCUGGGAGGGUUCUUGACUUUCAUCGUCUCUGAAGUGAUCAUGCUGGCUGUGAUGGCCUAUGACCGCUAUGUGGCCAUCUGUAAUCCCCUGCUGUACACAGUGGUGGUGUCUCCCAGGAUCUGCCUCAUGCUGGUGUCCCUCGCCUACCUCUAUGGCUUUUCUACCGCAAUUGUGGUUUCAUCUUGUGUAUUCUCUGUGUCCUAUUGCUCCUCUAAUGUGAUCAAUCAUUUUUACUGUGAUAACGUGCCUCUGUUAGCCUUAUCCUGCACAGAUACUUCCUUUCCAGAAACAGUAGUCUUUAUAUCUACAGCUACGAAUUUGUUUUUUUCCAUGAUUGCAGUUGUAGUAUCUUACUUCAACAUCGUUUUGUCCAUUCUAAGAAUGCGUUCAUCAGAAGGAAGAAAAAAAGCCUUUUCCACCUGUGGUUCACAUGUGAUGGCUGUCACCGUCUUCUAUGGGACACUGCUGUUCAUGUAUUUACAGCCUAAAACUAACCACUCCUUAGAUACUGAUAAAAUGGCUUCUGUGUUCUACACCCUGGUGAUCCCCAUGCUGAACCCCAUGAUCUACAGCCUAAGGAAUAAGGACGUGAAGGAUGCCUUAAAGAAAUUCAUUGCAAAUCUAUUUUCUCCUUGUAAAUCAAUGUAA